AUGGGCUCCAACACACCUCAAACCUGGCACCAGCUCAAUGUCGGCGUCGUCGGCGGCGGCAUCGGCGGCAUGUCCGUCGGUAUUGCCCUGCGGCGCGCCGGCCACAAAGUCACCAUUUACGAAAAGCACGACUUUGUAGGCGAAGUCGGCGCAUCCGUGUCGUGCGCGGCCAACGGCACACGAUGGCUCCAUGAAUGGGGCGUGGACGUCGCAAAGGGCGAUCCGGUCGUGCUGAAGAAGCUCAUCAACCGGGACUGGAAGACGGGGGAGCCCGUCAGCGUCUACGACCUCGACGACUACGAGGAGCGAUGGGGCUACGUGUACAAUAUGUUUCACCGGCAGUACAUGCAUACGAUGCUGAAAGACUGCGCCAUGCAAGAGCAAGGCGGCGGCAUUCCUGUCAAGCUGGUGGUGAAUCACCAGUGCGAUAGUAUAGAUUUAGAAAGCGGAACCAUUACGUUCAAGAAUGGCGCUUCCGCGCCGCACGAUCUCAUUAUCGGCGCCGACGGCAUCGGCUCCGCCGUCCGCGGGCAGCUCGGCAUCCACCCGGAGAAGCGGCCGUCGGAAUCCAGCUGCCUGCACGCCAACGUGCGGACCGAAGACGCUCUGCGCCUCGGGCUCGUCGACUACUCGCAGCACAGUGCGCUCGAGUACUGGGGCGGCCAGGAGGGCAAGUACGACAAGAUUGUGCUGUCGCCGUGCAACGGCGGCAAGCUGCUCUCGUACUACUGCUUCUUUCCGCGCGAAAAGGGCGACUACUCGACGCAGCAGUGGGGCGGUGCGGAGAGCAGCAGGCCGGUCGGGGAGCUGCUGGCGCCGUAUCCGGAGCUGGAUGCGCAGGUCAAGGCUCAUCUUGCGAUUGGGACAGAGAUUCAGCCGUGGCGGCUCUGGGUGCAUCAACCUUAUCCGUACAUUCAAAAAGGUAGAGCGUGUCUACUUGGUGAUGCGGGCCACCCGAUGAUGCCGCAUCAGAGCCAGGGAGCUUGCAUGGCUAUUGAAGACGCCGCUGCGCUGGGCAUCAUCUUUGACAAGCAGCACUUUAACGGCGACAUCGCCGAGGCUCUGGCAGUAUACCAAGAUGUCCGGCUGCCCCGCGUCACCAGAGUGCAAGCUGCAGCUGCCAAAGCCGCAUACAACAUCAACGAGAGAAUAGGAUUUUCCGAGAAUAAAAAUUGCAGCACUUACAAGGUUGAAGACGAAAAGAAGAAAUUGACGAUUGAUGAGAUGAAUUCGUAUGAAAUGUAUAAAGAUGUCGAUGAGAUGCUGGCCAAGAGACGGGGAACGGUGUUUGGCGAAAAGUUUAGUCGUGGUCUGCCGCUUGGGCUGAAGCUGCCGAAUGGCGUUGUGGUUGGCGAGGAUAUUUGA